AUGGCUACCUUUCUGCUUCUAGCAACCAGCUUGCUUAUCAUUGGAUGGUUUAGUUGGCAAGGAAAUACGAAAAACAGCAGCUUUUAUGAAACUUUACCAUGCGUUGGUGUUCGAAAGGAUGAAUGGUUUGCAUGGACCAGAGCACAGUUACGCAGCUUUUCAAAGACAGAAGAGUGGGUGAAGGAGGGAUACGAGAAAUACUCGCGACACAACAAACCCUUCAUCAUCCCCUCAUUCCGAAAAGGCAAGGUCCUAAUUCUUCCUCCGGCCCAGCUGAAAGCCAUAUACAACAAACGCGAAGAUGAGCUGCUAGCCCACGAUCCAGCCUCAGAAGCUUUAUCGUUUGAAUGGACCAUCCGCGAUCGAGAAGUCUACCCGAGCAAUUACACCGUCGAUGUGAUUCGCAAGUGGAUUAGCAAGAGAUUCGACGAGUUUGCAGCCGAAUUGCAAGAGGAACUGUGUGUUGCUGUGGACGAGCAAUUCGGCAUGAGUCAAGAGUGGACAGAGGUGAAGCUCUGGCCAGCGGUGCAGAGGAUAUUCACGCGGGGCUUGAACAGAGUUCUUGUUGGGCUUCCAUUAUGCCGAGACGAAUCGUUCCUUGAGACUAUGCGCCGGUUUGCCAUCGACAUGCCGUUCCAGGGUUUGUUCAUCACACUGGUUCCAAAAGUCCUGAAGCCAAUCUUUGCUCCGUUGAUAUCAUGGAAUGCUAGAUGGGACACGGAGGCAGGCAUCAGAUACUGUACUCCCAUUAUACAAGAUCUUCUCAGAGCUAAUCAGAACUCGACAAGCGAGAAGCCGGUAAAUAUCCUUCAAUGGAUCAUAGAAGCCAGCGCCGCGACUGGCGAUCCGUCACAACUCGAUGCCCACCGCGUUGGUCACCGUGUGAUGAUUCUCAACUUCAACCUCGUGCAAGGCGGAUCGAUCCCAUUCAGUACCGUUCUUAGCGACAUCAGUAACGGCGAACACGCAGCCUCGACCUUCUCGCAACUCCGUGAUGAGGCAACAUCGGUCCUGGCCUCUACCAAGAUCUGGGAUCGUGCCACCAUCUCCAAGCUCGUUCUCGCCGACUCAGCAAUUCGUGAAUCAAUGCGGUGGUCCGACUUCGGCCUCUUUGCCCUCCCACGGCGCGUUAACUCUCCUGGUAUAACUCUCGACAAUGAUGUUUACGUUCCGUCCGGAGUUCACAUCGAAGUCCCGAUGCAUAGUAUACAUAUAGAUGAAGCCUUUUACAAAGAUGCAGGCACUUUCAAGCCAUUUCGCUUUGUUGAUGGAACCUCUGGGUCUCGUUCUGCUGUGACUCUUGACGAGAGCUUUCUUGGUUUCGGUUAUGGAAAGAAUGCAUGUCCGGGGCGGUUCUUGGGCUUGCAUGUUAUGAAGGUCGUUCUGGCGUAUCUGGUUAUGAAUUAUGAUGUGGACUUAGGGGAUGAGGAGCCUCCAAUGAAGACCAUGUGGGAAUAUAGAAUCCCAAAGGAGAGUACUGCCAUUAAGAUUCGCAGGAGGCUACAGGGGCGCAACUACACUUAA